AGGAGGGCACGCAGUCUCCCUGAGCAUGGAGCGGGGCUGCUGACAAGCACAACCUGUCAACGAAUCAGUGAAUGGGAGGCAGCAGAGAGGGGUCUCGCUCCCCGGUACGGCUGGGCACAAAGACGAGCUCGGGAAGGAGGCAAUGCACCCCCGCCUGCCCCGCCAGGACCGCGCACAGCCCACGGACCACCACUAAGGCUGGCUGUGCGGAUGCCUCUGCUUGAAGAAAGAUGUGUCAUGGAAUAAGAGGCAGGAGGCCAGCGCUGCUUCUAGGUCAGCCUCUCCUGGCCCUUCUCCUCUGGGUCCGGCUCUCCGUCUGCUUUGGUCCAGUGCAGCUCUCUGUGGAUUUCGAAGAUCUCAAUACUUGCAGCGUUCCAGAGGUUCCAGAAAACGGAUACAGGACGCAGAAUAUAGGGGUCUUCUUUGAAAAUGCUGUUGUUCGAUUCCACUGCCAGAAUGGUUACAAACUCAAAGGUCCUUCAAAGAAGAUGUGUGUUCAGCUGUAUAAUGGAUCUCUUUCAUGGAGGCCAAGCGAGACUCCAGUGUGCAUACAAGAAGUCACAGAUUGCUCUGCUCCGUACAUCGAAGACGCAGAUACACUUAACAGAACGUAUAGAAACGGAGACAAGUUAACAAUAAGAUGCAGAGAAGGGUUCCAGACUCGCUAUCCUGAUGUAGACAACAUGGCUUCAAUAUGUCAAGAUGACGGAACAUGGGACAAUCUCCCUAUGUGUCAAGGCUGCCUGAGACCGCUGGUACUUCCUCACAGUUACGUUAACAUCUCAGAAUUUGAUUCUUCCUUUCCCGUGGGACGCGUUGUGUAUUAUCAGUGCUUUCCCGGGCAUAAGCUGGAAGGAGCGGAAUAUCUAGAAUGCAUGUACAAUCUCAUCUGGUCGGAUGAGCCUCCGAGGUGCAUCGAUGUAGAAGUUUGUCCACUUCCUCCGAUGGUGAUACACGGGGAUUACACUUGCCACCCGCAGCCGUGUGAAAGCUACAACCAUGGAACGGUGAUCGAAUUUUAUUGUGACCCGGGUUAUACUCUUGCCAAUGAUUACAAGUACUUCACCUGCCAGUCUGGUGAAUGGUUUCCAUCUUUCCCAGUGUCCUGCGUCAAAACGGAGAAAUUGUGGCCGAAUACACAGGACACUCUCCUAACAACAUGGAAGAUUGUGGCUUUUACAGCAAGCAGUGUUCUCCUCGUCCUGUUGCUCGUCAUUAUCGCCAGGAACUUCCAGACAAAAUUUAAGACGCAUUUGCUUCAGAGGAGUCCACAGGACAACUCGGACGAGCCAGACUUUGUAGUGGUGGAUGGGGUUCUAGUUAUGCUGCCCUCUUAUGAUGAGGCUGUAAGCAAUGGCCUUAAUGUUACGCCACCCGGCUACCCAUCCUCUGCUGGCCAGAGGAGUCCCACCCAGACCGAUGAUUCCUACCCUCCAGCAUAUCCGGGUAACCCCAACACCGACAGCCUGUGUGAAGAAUCGGAAACCUUCGACAGCAUGUUGGAUUCCUCGGACCUUCUUCAAACGCUACAAUCCUCCUCGAUAUCGCGCACGAGGCCACGCAGUACUCAGAUUAACAGCGGCGAGGCGGCAUCUACCAGUCCAAGCAUUGAUAUUGCCGAUGAAAUUCAACUAAUGGGAGAAGACCAGCUCGGAUUUUAGUACAAAUUAAAAAAAAAAGAGAUUCGUUUACCAGCAGCUGCUGUUUAUUUUAUGGACAUGUUUGGUAAAUCGAAAGAAGAAGUGACUGUCAGACAUUUUAGGACAAUUUCAUCUGGAUGUAUUAACAAUAAAA